GCGCGCACACUUCACUCACUUGUCACCACAGCGCCGUGCCUAUUUAUUUCGGUCUGUUGCUCACUUCCAGAUGACAACUUUGUCCAGUCAAUGACCAAAAUGAGUGGCGCGACGAAUUUCAAGCUGAGCGCGGUCCUGCGUGGUCACAAGAGUGAUGUCCGUGCCGUCCUCCUUCCUGACCCGUCUUUUGCAGUAACAGCAUCCCGCGAUGGUUCAACCAGAGUCUGGAAACGAACAUCCACUUCCCCACCGUCCUACGAAGACACGGAGUCAUCCCACGGCGCACAGUUCAAAACCUGUCUUGCUUAUAUCCCUCCGUCAAAACAGUAUGAGGAUGGACUGGUUCUUUCAUCUGGUCAAGAUGCGCUCAUCGAAGCUCGGCAACCAUCAUCAACAACAGGCAUGAAUGCGGACGCUUUCAUGGUGGGGCACAGCAACCAAGUCUGCUCGAUAGAUGUGUGCGCCACAGCAAAUUACUUUGUGAGUGGCAGCUGGGAUGCUACUGCAAAAGUCUGGGAGAUUGGCAAAUGGGAGGUUGCUUUUGACCUGCCAGGUCACACAGCCACAGUUUGGGCGGUGCUCGCUUUCAGCAGAGACACCAUCGUCACUGGCUGUGCGGACCGUGCAAUCCGAGUCUUUGAUCUACGUGGAAAGAUGUUGAAUUCAUGGGAUGGUCAGGACAUUGUCCGUGCUCUAGCGAAGCUGCCCAAAGGCCACGAUACCGGUGCUGAAAUUGCUGCUGCAACAAAUGAUGGCAUCGUCCGACUUUGGACCCUGAAGGGCGAGCUGAUUGCCUCGUUAAUUGGCCAUGAAUCUUUCAUAUAUUCCCUGGCUGUACUGCCCUCGGGCCAAAUUGUCAGUGCUGGAGAAGAUCGAUCCGUCCGCAUCUGGGAGGGGCAGAACUGCGUCCAGGUUAUCACAUUACCCGCCAUCUCCAUCUGGUCGGUGUCGACUUCUUCAAAUGGCGACAUUAUUGUCGGUUCAAGUGACAAGAUGGCCCGGAUAUUCACUCGCGACCAAGACAGAGUGGCCGAUGCCGAGACGCUUGCAGCUUUCGAAGAGUCCGUUCAAGCGUCCAGCAUUCCCCAGCAGACUGUGGGGCAAAUCAACAUGACAGAUCUCCCUGGGCCUGACUUUCUCAAACGAAAGGUCGGCAGCAAAGAAGGUCAGAAUCAAAUCAUCAAGGAAGAGGAUGGAAGUGCUUGCCUGUAUCAAUGGUCCAUGUCCCAGCAGCAAUGGAUCAAGAUCGGCCAGGUUGUGGAUUCUGCCGCCUCGAGUGGGAAGACAGCGUACAAUGGCAAAGAAUACGACUACGUGUUUGACAUUGACAUUGAGGAUGGCAAACCUCCGCUCAAGCUGCCAUACAAUGUCACACAGAAUCCUUAUGAUGCAGCAACAAAAUUUCUCCAAGACCACGAACUUCCCAUGUCCUAUCUCGAAGAAACGGCAAAUUUUAUCAUCAAGAACACCCAAGGUGCUACGCUCGGACAAUCGGCACCGGUGGGAGCAGAUCCAUGGGGCACAGAGAACCGAUACAGACCUGGCGACGCCUCCUCUUCAUAUCAACCACCACCACCACAAUCUGCGCCUGUUCGAAGAACUCUCCCUCAGAAGGAGUACCUUCCUGUCGUGAUCGGAAAGCCCUCCGCGGCUAUGGGGCAGAUCACCAAGAAAAAUACCGAAUACGCCGGCAGCGAUAUGAGCCUUCAACCUGGUGAAUUCCAAGCACUAACUGAUGUCGCCCUGCAGCUCGAAAAAUACAACUUCUCAAAUCCUCCGUCACUGCCCAGCUCUCCCUCCCUUCAAUCCUCCAUUCCGGCUCUACUGAAGAUAGCGACACAGUGGCAACCGCCAGCUAACCGGCUUGCUGGUCUGGAUCUUCUCCGCUUCAUUGCUGCUGCGGCGAAGGAAUUUCCGGCUGAGGAGGUCGAUGGCUUUGACGCGGUGGCAGGAAUCCUCGGAAGCGGGAUCUUCGAUGACUCCUUUGUACGCACGAACAACAAGUUGGGCAUGAUUGCCAUGCGUUUCUUUUCGAAUCUGCUGUAUGGAUCACCUGCUGGAAGGGGACUUGUAAAGGAGAAUGUCGACAACAUCAUUGAGAGUCUUAAACCACUCACACAGUUCGCCUCUUCCGAUGUCUCGGUGGCCAUAGCCCUUACAACCCUAUAUCUCAACAUUGCGGUGCUCAUCACCACUCCCACCACUCCUGGCGACGCCGACAACAAUGCAAACCAUGCUCUCGACCUAUUGGGGGAACUUUCCAAACUCCUCUCUUCCUUCCCCGCGGUAAAUCACUCUGCCUUCUCCAGUAAUCCUGCUUCACAAUCGACGGAACCGGCAUAUCGCUCCCUCGUGGCUUUGGGGACCAUUCUAGUCGGCAUCCCCCGGGCAGAGGUGAAGUCUGCCGCGAAGGAGAUUUUUGAUGUCCCUGUGGCGUUGAGGAAGUUGAAGGAGGGCAAAUACCUGGACGAGCCGAGAUUCAAGUCUGUGGUUGGAGAAAUUGAGAGCGUUUUGAGAUGAUAUGCGGUGACUCGGUACAGAUGUCAUUGAUUUGGUAGCAUGGCAUAGCGAUUGGGCAAGAAAAAGUACGAUCCAAGAACGAAUGCUAGAUGGGCCCUUAUGGGACCAACGACACCCGCAAUGAAAUGAAUGCAAAUCAUGAAUGGAUUAAUGUCUUGUCUCUUUUCCC